GUUAGAACUCUAAGUGUCGCUGUUCACUAACCCGGACAAGAAAAUCAAUGGGAACUCGAGUUACAUCCUCCAGCCAGCCACAAGCCGAUCAAACACCAAACUGCGCAGAUAUUGCGACCUGAAAUGGCUCGUAACUGGACUCUACUCACUUAAGGAUCUUGACCUCUAAUUCUGUGGAUCACAAAGUGAUGCGAACCUGUUCUUCCUAUUAAUCCCGGGGAACUGUAUCAACCCAGUCAUGGCGGCUCUGCCAAAGCGCGGCGAGCUGCUCCUGCUCUUCGCUCUCCUGCAGUCGUUGUGGGGGAUCGGAGCUGGACAGAUCCGCUACUCCGUUCCUGAGGAGUUGGAGAAAGGUUCCUUCGUGGGGAACAUCUCCAAGGACCUGGGGUUGGAGCCCCGGGAGCUGGCGGAGCGCGGAGUCCGCAUCGUCUCCAGAGGUAGGACGCAGCUUUUCUCUCUCAACCCGCGAGGCGGCAGCUUGGUCACCGCGGGCAGGAUCGACCGGGAGGAGCUCUGCGCUCAGAGUCCGCGGUGUCUGGUGAGUUUUAACAUCCUUGUGGAGGAUGAAAUGAAGCUGUACCCUGUGGAAGUGGAAAUAGUGGACAUUAAUGACAAUGCGCCCCGAUUCUUAAGGGAAGAAUUGGAAGUGAAAAUUCUGGAAAACGCAGCUCCAUCCUCUCGUUUUCUACUAAUGGAGGUCGAUGAUCCUGAUGUGGGAAUGAACUCUCUUCAGAGCUUCAGUGUCAGCAGUAAUAAUCAUUUCUCGGUGGAUGUACAAAGCCAAGCCCAUGGGCCCAAGUACCCGGAGCUGGUGCUGGAGCAUGCCCUGGACCGGGAGGGAGAAGCCAUUCACCACCUAGUACUUACCGCCAUGGAUGGUGGUGACCCUGUCCGCUCAGCCAUGGCACGAAUUCUGGUAACUGUCCUAGAUGUGAAUGACAAUGCUCCCAUGUUCACUCAGCCUGUCUACAAAGUGAGUGUUCUUGAAAAUCUGCCAGUAGGUACACCAGUGUUGUCAGUAAAUGCCACUGACCAGGAUGAAGGAGUCCAUGCAGAAAUAAAUUAUUCCUUCGUGAAGAUCACAGAAAAGAUCUCACAGAUUUUCUCCUUGAAUGUUUUGACUGGAGAAAUUUCAACUUCUGCAACUCUAGACUAUGAGGACUUGAGCUUUUACGAGUUGGAUGUUGAAGCCCGAGAUGGGCUAGGUCUUCAAGACAGAGCAAAAGUCUUAAUAACCAUCUUGGAUGUGAAUGAUAAUGUACCAGAAGUGGUUGUUACAUCUGUAAGCAAAGCAAUUGCUGAAAACGAGCCUCCAGGAACAGUAGUUGCUCUUUUUCAAGUGUACGAUCGAGACUCUGGACUGAAUGGCCAGGUAACAUGUUCCAUCUCAAGAAGUCUCCCUUUUGAAUUGGAAAAAUCAGUAGACAAUUAUUAUCGAUUAGUGACAAAUACAGUUCUAGACCGGGAGCAGGUGUCUUUGUACAACAUAACUGUGACAGCCACAGACAAAGGAACACCACCUCUGUCUACAAAAAAAUUCAUCUCCUUAAGUGUGUCUGACACUAAUGACAACCCGCCCAUCUUCUCCCAUUCAUCCUACUCUGUAUACAUCCCUGAGAACAACCCCAGAGGCACUUCCAUCUUCUCCUUGAAGGCACUUGAUCCUGACAGUGAAGAGAAUGCCCAAGUCGUCUACUCCCUAGCCAAAGAAACUUUCCAGGGUGCACCUCUGUCCUCCUACCUCUCCAUCAACCCCAAUACUGGUGUCCUGUAUGCACUGUGCUCCUUUGAUUAUGAGCAGUUUAGAGACUUGCAGCUACUAGUGACAGCCAAUGACAGAGGGAACCCACCACUCAGCAGUAAUGUGUCACUGAAACUCUUUGUGCUGGACCAGAAUGACAAUGCACCCGAGAUUCUGUAUCCUGUCCUCCCCACUGAUGGUUCUACUGGUGUGGAGCUGGCUCCCCGCUCUGCAGAGCCUGGAUAUCUAGUUACCAAGGUGGUGGCAGUGGACAAAGACUCAGGACAGAAUGCCUGGCUGUCCUACCGCUUAAUCAAGGCCAGUGAGCCAGGGCUUUUCUCCGUGGGUCUUCACACAGGUGAGGUGCGUACAGCAAGGGCCUUGUUGGACAGAGAUGCGCUCAAGCAGAGCCUCGUGGUAGCUGUGCAGGACCAUGGCCAACCCCCUCUCUCAGCCACCGUCACGCUUACUGUGGCUGUGGCCAACAGCAUCCCUGAUGUCCUGGCGGACCUGGGCAGCAUCAAGACCCCUGCUGAUCCUGAGGACUCAGACCUCACACUUUACCUGGUGGUGGCAGUAGCUGCUGUUUCCUGUAUAUUCUUGGCCUUUGUUAUGGUGUUGCUGGUGCUCAGACUGCAGCGUUGGCACAAGUCAAAGUUGCUGAAGGUUACGAGUGGGGGAUUGUCAAGUGUGCCCACCUCACACUUUGUGGGCGUGGACGGGGUGCGCGCUUUCCUGCAAACCUAUUCCCAUGAGGUGUCGCUCACCUCGGACUCAAGAAAGAGCCAUCUGAUCUUCCCCCAGCCCAACUAUGCCCACACUCUCAUCAGCCAGGAGGGCUGUGAGAAAAAUGAACCUCUAUUAAUACAGGAAGAUUCAGGGUUUUGUAAAGAGGAAGACUCUUUUGUUCAGGUGAGAUUACUGCUUUUAUUGUUUUUUUUAAAACAGGAAAUUUAAAGAUUCUAUUUGACCAGUGCUAAGUUUUCUCAGCCUCUUGGAACCACAUAUGCUAUGGUUUGGUUAUGAAAUGUCUCCCAGAGACACACUUGGUCCUUGAUGCGAGAGUAUUUAGAGGUGGGCUGUUGGAAAUUGAUUGGGUUGGUGAAUUCAUAGUUGAAUAGAGGUGAUGGAUAAGUGGAAGUUGAGGAGGAAGUUAGUUACUGCCAUGCUUUCCUGCUGUACACAUGCCUGUUGCCAUGAUGUUCUACCUCACCACAGCCUAAAGUAGUGAGGCCAGUCUGCCUUGGACUGAAACCGCUGAAAUCAUGAGCCAAAAUGAACCUUUACUCCUUUAAGUUGGUUCCUCACAGGUACUUUGUCAAAGAAAUGAAAAUCUAGCAUGAUACAAAUUCCUGGUGUUUUUCAUUUAUAUCAGUAAAUCUCUUUUAAAUCUUAGUUUUCUUAAAAAUAUUAGCUCUAGAUUCUUUCAGCCUUUCUCUUACUGGAAAACUUAUCUGUACCUUUGAUCUUAUAUACCUCAUUUCUUAGGCUUUUUCCCUUAU